CCCUCUCUAAUCAUGCACUUACACUACACCACACACAUGACUGAAUCUCUUUCUCUCUCUUUAACUUGUCAAGAAUGACACAUCAAAACAACAACGGUGCUGCUGCUGCUUCUACGCUUAAUUACAAAAGGGUUAAUGAUAAUAAAAGAAAAGGGGAGAUAAAAAACACAGACCGAACCGUCUUAUUCACGGCAGUUCCCACACACUCUCUUGACUUUUUAGUUCUUUCUCCUUUCUGUUGCUACUUUUCAUCGUUUCGGAUGUUUGCUUUUGCUUGCUGCGAUCCUCUCUACUUUGUGACUUUCCCUUUUGAAGAUAUGGCAGAAGUGCCAUCAUCCAUCUAUCAAGGCAACAAGCGCAUUCAAAACCCUUUUGAGAACAUGUCACACCCACAACCCCAACAAAUAGAAAAAACAAACACCCCCAUUAAUUAAAAAAAAAACUGCAACCCACCUAGUUCAACUUCAAUGCAAGCAUAGCCACCUCCUUGUCACUACUACUACCACACUUGUUCCGAUUCCUAACUUCCUUCUUUGUGUCUCAUUCUCUUGUCAAAAGCCCUUCUUUGAUAGGGCCCAUUACUCCAUAAUGGGUGACAAGGGAGACACAACCAAGAAGCAGCAACAACAACAGCCUCAGCAGCCUCAACAACAGCAACCUCAAUCUCACCUUCACCACCAACAGCAGCAACAACAACAAACUCAGCAAAUUUCAUCUUCUCCUAAAGCCCCACGUGAGGAAGCUAUCACAGAAGUUAGGCCAAUCCACCACCAUCAACAAUUAUCACCUGUUGUGGUUGUGACUGGAGCACCCCCUUUCAUUUCUAGUCCUUUGUAUGUUUCAAGCGGUGCAAGUUCUUCACCCUAUGAGCCUCAGUUUGAGACGCUCAACCCCAAGAGACCCAGAUACAGUGGACAAUGGAAGCAGCUUCUACCUUCUCCUCCUGCUCAGCCAAAACAGUCCCAAAUGGCCAUGCUUCCCACCACAGAAUCAAGCCCUUCACCAACCACACAUACUUCAUCAAAUCCACAACAACCCCAAACACAAACAGCUUCUUCAUCAGACACUUCCUCGUCUCCAACUCACUCUCUCCCAUUACUCUCAGGAGGUUCUGGCCAAGAAGGGAGCAAGCAAGAGGGAGAGCAAGUUCACCAGCAACUCCGAAAGGGGAAAUAUGUCAGCCCAGUUUGGAAGCCCAACGAAAUGCUGUGGCUAGCAAGGGCUUGGAAGGAACAGUACCAAGGAGGUGGUGGUGGUGGAUCUGAAUCUUCCUCAAGGGCUGAACAACAACAUCAAGCGGAAUUGGGAAUCACAAGGGGGAAAACUAGGGCUGAUAAGGAUAAAGAAGUGGCUGAGUUUCUCAAGAGGCAUGGGGUCAAUAGAGAUGCUAAAACUGCAGGCACUAAAUGGGAUAACAUGUUAGGUGAGUUCAGAAAAGUAUACGAAUGGGAAAGAGGGGGUGAAAGGGAACAAAUUGGGAAGAGUUAUUUCAGGCUUUCACCUUAUGAGAGAAAGUUACACAGACUCCCGGCUUCUUUUGAUGAAGAUGUUUUUGAAGAACUUGCACAGUUCAUGGGGUCCAGAAUGAGAUCUUCUCAAGGCAGGGCAGGUUCAUCUUUUGUGUCAGGAGACGAAGCUAGAACGGCUCUUGCUGCUGCAAGAGCUCUUCCACCACCACCUCGACCCUUCAAAGAUGAUGAAACCCCUCUCUCAGGUACAACGAAACAAUUGGCCAUAACAAGUGGGGUUGAACCUUUCUUCCAUGGCUCAAGAGGGGGUUUAUUAGGGUUAGACACACUCUUGGACGUUUCAGGCUCUUCUUCAUCAUCUAAAGAGCUCCGUAGAAUAGGGAAGAUAAGAAUGACAUGGGAGGAAUCAGUGAGUUUAUGGGCAGAAGAAGGAGAAAUACAUAGAGGGAGAGUGAGGCUUCAAUCUUCUAGCUUUCUGAACGCGGAUGAACUCACUUGCUUUGAUGAGGCCAUGGUGCCUUGUCCAAUGGAAUAUUUCGAAGAUGGGCCUCUGAAAGGUUUUUCUGUUGACAGAUUCGUUUCCGGACAGCAAGUCAAAGUUUUUGGCAGAAGAAAGUCUUCCCCAGCCUCAGAUUCUUCUGGUUUUGCUGAAAGAGUCCAACUUCCCUCCAAAGCACUUCCCAUUAGAUCGAUUGCUACAUUGGAUUUUCGAGACCCAACAGAAUACUACAUGGAAUGUCUCUUACGUGCGUCCCCACAAACCCUCCCAAGUCUCUACGAGUUAAGGCGCCACCUACAAGAGCCACCACCGGAAGACCUACGUUUUCCUCUCCGAAGAGAUGUGUACGAGGAACUUCCCCAAGGGAAGGAACUCUUCUUCACAACCACACCCGAGCCCUUGGACUGCAGAACCAUAAUGUACGACAUCGUGGGCCCCAUUAUCCGCAUCCACAACCCUAGCCUCUCCCUCGCUGCAUCAUCCAGCCGCGACUCAUUCAUCCCCCUCUGGGACGAGUGCAUCAACCGCGUCAUCCAAAAGUUCUGCCCCGAAGAACUCACCCUAAUCCGAAAACCCACGUCACCGCCACCAGAAUCGACGAACCAGUCCAUGUUGCAAGACCAAUGGCCCAACGUAACCGGUUUCGUCAACAAUUACUGUCUCUGGAGAGGCGAAGAAACGCACCAGUUGAAAGAGUCGCAACCCAAUCCAUCAACGACGUUAGUAGGGAAACUCAUGUGGACAUACAUGGAUCUUCCGUACAUUCUUGGAUACUACGCGGUGGCCAAUACCGUGACGUUUUGCGCGCUGAGUAGGUCGCAGGAUGGAAUAAUCAACCGCACCGAUUUACACGAAGUGAACUUAACCACCCCGGUGGAAAAGCUGAAGGCUUUGGUUCCGUGUUUCAGAAUAGGGUUGUUGUUAGCGUUGUUGAGUAAGCGUUGCGCGAGUAUAAGCAACUGCAAGGGAUUUACGUACAGUGAUUUCGAGAGGGUUUGCUACGGUAACGGGGUGGUGACGGAGGUGACGCCGAGUACGUGCACGAGGGUGUUUAUGGAGAAGCGGAAGUGGAUGGCGGUGAAGGAGGUUUAUGAGAUUCUGGACCACAGGAUACCGCAUGCAGAGGUUUUGGUGGGUUUUUCGGAGAGGGAACUGGGGUUGUCGUUUAAGCCAAGAGGGUGCCGUGUGAAGCCGGGAAACUGCGAAGAGUUGGUGGAGGCAUUGAAGUUCGUGACGAAGGCGAUGGUGGCUUUACACGACUUGUCGUUCAUGCAUAGGGAUUUGAAGUGGGAGAAGGUGAUGCGGCGGAGGGAUCGGGAGGAGUGGUUUGUGUGCGGGUUUGACGAGGCGGCGGGAGCACCGGAGCUGAAGGGACACGUGUCAGGGACGCGUGGUGGGCACGCGCCGGAGAUGGAACGGGGCUUGCAUGGGGUGAAGGUGGAUGUUUGGGGAGUGGGGAACUUGAUUAGGACGUGUGGGUUGGGAGGGGUGCCGAAGAUGCUGAGGGAGUUGCAGAAUCGGUGCAUGGAGCAGAACCCGGAGCAGAGGCCCACGGCGGCGGACUGCUACCACCACCUGCUGCAGCUGCAGUCGUCGCUGUCAGCCGCCGUCGGGGGAGUCAUGAUGAUGUGAUUGAUGAUGAGAAUGGAAAGGCAUUGUUUGGUUGGUUGGUUUUAAUUUAAUGUGACGAGAGAUGAGUCGGAGAGAAUAAUGUCGUUGUUGGUCUAGGUUCGGGUCGGGGUUUAUUAUGUAACUUUUUUGGCAUUGGAUAUUAUUUGAUUUGAGAAUUUGAAAAAGGGGAAAAUGAUUUUUUUCAAAUAAUGUUAUUUGUUAUGGAUUUUUUUUCUUUGGAAUGUGUCUGUUUUUCAUU